AUGUCAUCAGCCCCGGCACGACCUCGCCGGGACCUCCGCAGCCCGAGGAUGUCGCCAGCGGGCCCCGGCGCACCCCUCGGCCCGGAAUCCUACACUGGAACAAAACGCGCUGGUAACCGCGACGCGCGGAGGGAGCGCGGGCGAGGGCGAGGGGCGCGGGGUCGGCACUGGCACCCGCACCGAGGUGGGGACAGGAAUCGGGGCAACUGGGCUGAGCUGCGGGCCGCCACCAGAGUCCGUGCCCAGAGAAGCUCCCAGGCUCAAACGGCGCGGGCGCCAGCGUCCCACACCCAGGGCUGGAGGUUUAACUUCGUUUACCACGCUACCCGGGUUCUGGCCCUGACAGCGACAGAGGCGAGAGGAGGGAAUCUCCCACCCCAGGCAGAUCCCAGUCUCCUUCUGCGUCCUCAGGGGUGCAGUCCGCGAGCCACCGCGAGCCCCCAGAUUCUGGCAUCGCGUCGGCGUUUCGGUAUCCGCGGCGCGGCGGUUCCUCUGAAGAGCUCAGCGCCUCAGUUCGCACAGGCAGUGAACUCUGUAUCCCUGCAAGACCGGUUCUCCCCAAGCUCCCAGUUUUCCUGCCUCUUGGAAAAGCCGCUGCGCUUGGACUUGGCCCUUGUCAAGAACGGGUCCCUGGUUGCGCCCUCCCUGAGCGUGGCAGGGUUGGGGCGCGCGGGGUGGGCACAGUACGGCACAGGGCGGGGGUGCCACAGCCUUGGCGCAAGGACAGCGCGGAGCCGGACCCUCCACGGCUGGGGGAGGUGCAGCCCCAGGCUUGCUCUGGAUCCGAAUACGGAGGGCCGGAUUUGGCGGUGCGGAAAGGCGGGCGUCGCGGUUCCUUUCCAGAACUAG